AGAAGCAAAACUCCUCACAAAAGUGGCUACAAAGGUUUCUGAUUGAUCAUCUGUUCCACACUAGUCUACAUAUAUACAAGAAAACAAGGUGACAAAGUGGGCCGUGCAUGGAUCCUUUAGAGUAUCUGGUCUAAACAACAGAAUCCAGUCUGUUGUCAAAGCAAGUCUUUACAAGUUGUGAUGAUCUUUCCACAGAUGCUGAAUUUGAUCCUGAAAGACUGUUGUUUUGAGCUGUGAUGAGUUUUCUGUUUCCAGUAACAUUUCAUCUUGAGAACGCAGCUCAGACUCUGUCCAACCAGUCCGACUGCAUACUUUCACAGUGAAGACAGGACACACUCACCCUCUUAUGAAGGAUAAGAAGAGGCGUCACUUCACUUCGUCUGAUGGAAGUUGAAGUUGAAGUGAAGUACGAAGCUCCUUUUCUACACAGACCUGCUGAAGACAGAAGAGAGCUGCACACUGAUGAAGUUCAUGGCUAUAAGUUCACAGGUUGUUGUGAUUGUGUGAAGGUGUGGGCUCUGCUAUGAAUCAGGGUGAGGACAUAGAGGAGGGUGUCCUUCCCUCUAAAACCUCUCUGUGUGGGGAUCAUGACAGCCAGACCAAAGCUCAGAGGAUCCAUCAGAGACCAGACUGUUCUGAACCUGAACCCAGCUGUGUGUCCAUCAAGAGUGACCAGUCUAUGGGUCAACCUAUAGUCUUCAAAGAUGGAUGCCACGCUGUUGAUCAAAAGAAGCUGGAAAAACCUGAACCCAGCUGUGUGUCCAUGAGGAGUGAGUGGUCUAUCGAUCGUCCUAUAUUCUUUAAAGAUGGACGCCACUCUGUUGAUCAAAGAGUGGACCAGGAGAGCUCAGAGGUUCCCAGUGGUCAGUCUGCCCAGCAGCAUCAAAAACACCUGGACUCCAUAUUUAUGCUGCUGGAGGAGAACAUCGUCACUUUUGUGAAGAACGAGCUGAAGAAGAUCCAGAAGGUUCUGAGUUCAGAUUACCCAGAAUGCUUAGAGAGUCAAAGUGAGGAUAAGGAGGUGUUGGACGAUGAGGAUGAAGAGCAGAGGAGGAGCAGCAGAGAGGCUUUUCUGAAGAUCACACUGCACUUCCUGAGGAGAAUGAAGCAGGAGGAGCUGGCUGACUGUCUGCAGAGCAGAAGUUAUUCUGCAGUUUGUCAACGUGAACUCAAAUCUAACCUGAAGAAGAAGUUCCAGUGUGUGUUUGAGGGGAUCGCUAAGGCAGGAAACCCAACCCUUCUGAAUCAGAUCUACACAGAGCUCUACAUCACAGAGGGAGGGACUGCAGAGGUGAAUGAUGAACAUGAGGUUAGACAGAUUGAAACAGCAUCCAGGAAACCACACAGACAAGAAACAACAAUCAGACAAGAAGACAUCUUUAAGGCCUCACUUGGAAGAGAUAAACCAAUCAGAACAGUGAUGACAAAGGGAGUGGCUGGCAUUGGGAAAACAGUCUUAACACAGAAGUUCACUCUGGACUGGGCUGAAGACAAAGCCAACCAGGACAUAGAGUUCACAUUUCCAUUCACUUUCAGAGAGCUGAAUAUGCUGAAAGAGAAAAAGUACAGCUUGGUGGAACUUGUUCAUCACUUCUUUACUGAAACCAAAGACGCAGGAAUCUGCAGGUUUGAAGAGUUCCAGGUUGUGUUCAUCUUUGACGGUCUGGAUGAGUGUCGACUUCCUCUGGACUUCCACAACAAUGAGAUCCUGACUGAUGUUACAGAGUCCACCUCAGUGGAUGUGCUGCUGACAAACCUCAUCAGGGGGAACCUGCUUCCCUCUGCUCGCCUCUGGAUAACAACACGAUCUGCAGCAGCCAAUCAGAUCCCUCCUGGGUGUAUUGACAUGGUGACAGAGGUCAGAGGGUUCACCGACCCACAGAAGGAGGAGUAUUUCAGGAAGAGAUCCAGAGAUGAGGAGCAGGCCCGCACAAUCAUCUCCCACAUCAAGACAUCACGAAGCCUCCACAUCAUGUGCCACAUCCCGGUCUUCUGUUGGAUCACUGCUACAGUUCUGGAGGAGGUGUUGAAGACCAGAGAGGAAGGAGAGCUGCCCAAGACCCUGACUGAGAUGUACAUCCACUUCCUGGUGGUUCAGUCCAAAGUGAAGAACAUCAAGUAUGAUGGAGGAGCUGAGACAGAUCCACACUGGAGUCCAGAGAGCAGGAAGAUGGUUGAGUCUCUGGGAAAACUGGCUUUUGAUCAACUGCAGAAAGGCAACCUGAUCUUCUAUGAAUCCGACCUGACAGAGUGUGGCAUUGAUAUCAGAGCAGCCUCAGUGUACUCAGGAGUGUUCACACAGAUCUUUAAAGAGGAGAGAGGACUGUACCAGGACAAGGUGUUCUGCUUCAUCCAUCUGAGUGUUCAGGAGUUUCUGGCUGCUCUUCACGUCCAUCUGACAUUCAUCAACUCUGGUGUCAAUCUGAUGGCAGAAGAUCAAUCGGCCUCCUGGUGGUCUGAAGUGUUCGGAGGCAAAUCAACACAUCUACACCAGAGUGCUGUGAACAUGACCUUACAGAGUCCAAAUGGACACCUGGACUUGUUCCUCCGCUUCCUCCUGGGUCUUUCACUAGAGACCAAUCAGACUCUCCUACGAGGCCUGCUGACACAAACAGGAAGUAGCUCACAGACCAAUCAAGAAACAGUCCAGUACAUCAAGAACAAGAUCAACGAGGAUCUCUCUGCAGAGAAAAGCAUCAAUCUGUUCCACUGUCUGAAUGAACUGAAUGAUCGUUCUCUAGUGGAGAAGAUCCAACAGUCCCUGAGUUCAGGAAGUCUCUCCACAGAUAAACUCUCUCCUGCUCAGUGGUCAGCUCUGGUCUUCAUCUUACUGUCAUCAGAAAAAGAUUUGGAAGUGUUUGACCUGAAGAAAUACUCUGCUUCAGAGGAGGCUCUUCUAAGGCUGCUACCAGUGGUCAAAGCCUCCAACAAAGCUAUACUGAGUGGCUGUAACCUCUCAGAGAGAAACUGUGAAGCUCUGUCCUCAGUUCUCAGCUCCCAGUCCUCUAAUCUGAGAGAGCUGGACCUGAGUAACAACGACCUGCAGGAUUCAGGAAUGAAGCUGCUGUCUGCUGGACUGGAGAGUCCACACUGUACUCUGGAAUCUCUCAGUCUGUCAGGCUGUCUGAUCACUGAGGAAUGCUGUGCUUCUCUGGCCUCAGUUCUGAGCUCCAACCCCUCCCAUUUGAGAGAGCUAGACCUGAGCUACAAUCAUCCAGGAGCCUCAGGGGGGAACCUGCUGUCUGCUGGACUGGAGGAUCCACACUGUAGACUGGACAAUCUCAGGUAUGAAGAGGCCUGCUGCAGCUACGGCAAUCAGUCGGAUAGAGGAGGUAGAGCUUGA